CUCCUGUGGGGAGCGCGCGCGCGCAAAUGGAUGGGGUGGAGAAGAGGUGCUAUCGCGCAUUUUCAUUGGUGGCCUGUCGGUAUAGAUCCCGCCCUUUGUUCUCGACGCAGCUCCUUCGGAGGACCCACUUCCGGGAAAGAGCGGAAGAGGCGGUCUGGUGGAGGCGGGGUCAAAUGGCGGCGCCUUUGAGGAUUCAGAGCGACUGGGCCCAAGCCCUCAGGAAGGAUGAAGGGGAGGCCUGGCUGAGCUGUCACCCCCCAGGUAAACCAACUUUGUAUGGCAGCCUAACUUGUCAAGGAAUUGGCCUUGAUGGCAUCCCAGAGGUUACAGCUUCAGAAGGAUUUAUUGUGAAUGAAAUAAACAAGAAAAGCAUUCAUAUUUCAUGUCCAAAGGAAACUGCAUCUUCGAAGUUUUUGGCACCAUAUACUACUUUUUCCAGAAUUCAUACAAAGAGUAUAACAUGCUUGGACAUUUCCAGUGGAGGAGGCCUUGGUGUGUCUUCUAGUACCGAUGGGAGCAUGAAAAUCUGGCAGGCUUCCAACGGAGAGCUCAGAAGAGUAUUGGAAGGACAUGUGUUUGAUGUGAAUUGUUGCAGGUUUUUCCCAUCAGGCCUUGUAGUUCUGAGUGGGGGAAUGGAUGCCCAGCUGAAGAUCUGGUCAGCUGAAGAUGCUAGCUGCGUGGUGACCUUCAAAGGUCACAAAGGAGGUAUCCUGGAUACAGACAUUGUUGAUCGGGGGAGGAAUGUGGUGUCUGGUUCUCGAGAUGGAACAGCGCGCCUUUGGGAUUGUGGGCGCUCAGCCUGCCUGGGAGUCAUUGCAGACUGUGGUUCUUCCAUCAAUGGAGUGGCUGUGGGUGCUGCAGACAACUCUAUAAACCUCGGCUCUCCUGAACAGAUGCCUAGUGAACGGGAGGUUGGAACAGAGUCGAAAAUGUUGCUGUUGGCCCGAGAAGAUAAGAAACUUCAGUGUUUCGGACUACAGAGCAGGCAGCCGGUGUUCCUCUUUAUUGGCUCAGAUGCCUUCAACUGCUGUACUUUUCUCUCUGGCUUCUUGAUGUUGGCUGGGACACAGGAUGGAAACAUUUAUCAGCUGGAUGUAAGGAGUCCAAGGGCUCCAGUACAAGUCAUCCACAGAUCAGGAGCACCAGUUCUGUCCUUGCUGAGUUUCAGAGAUGGAUUCAUUGCUAGCCAAGGUGAUGGAAGCUGUUUCAUUGUCCAGCAAGACUUAGACUAUGUCAUUGAGCUCACUGGGGCUGACUCUGACCCUGUGUACAAGGUAGCCACAUGGGAGAAGCAGAUCUACACAUGCUGUCGGGAUGGUCUUGUGCGACGCUAUCAGCUCUCUGACCUCUAACCCCUUGGGAAGAAGAGUCCCAGUUAAUGAAAAAGAUUGACUCUGAUCAACAAUGAGCGGAAACAUUAUCAAGGGCCAUGGGUUCGGGCACCCUUUGAAAGUCACAGCAAGUGAGCUGCAUUGGCCCAUGUGGAACUAUCAUUCCAUGACAAAACCUACGUUGAGCUGAGUAAGAAGCUCACAUGUGUUCACUGCAUUUGUCCUAACUUCUCCCUAUAUAUACUCAUCCCAGCAACACAGGACAAGGAUACAGAUGCUUACAGUUUGAUCUGAUACUGCUUGUGUUAAAUGUUUACAAGGACUGGAGGACUGAAGCCUGUUCUCUGGAGGAAAUAAAGAAAAUAUGUUUGGAGGAGUCUGAACUUGAGAAACUUUGUUAAAUAUUCUUGCUUGAGUAAAAAGUCAGUCAAGCUGAUGGAAUUCCUUUCUCAGGCACUUCCUGUUGGCCUGGCUAUAGGGAAGGACUACUUGACAGUAGCAGUAAAUGGCCCACAAGCAGCAACCUGAGGAAGAUUUUUAUACAGGUAGGGUAACCAACUGUCCCAGUUUUCCUUGGACUGAGGGAUUUUCUGCUACAUGGGACUUUCUGUCCCAGGCAAACCGAUAUGAUUGGUUAGCCUUUAUUCAGGUGAUGAAGUUGAAUCAUACCAUUGUAAAGGCGGCAGCUGUCAAAGUGCAGUCCCUGGAAUAGCUGCAUCAAUAUCACCUGGGAACUUGUUAGAAAUUCUUGGAUCCACCUCAGACUUAAAUGAGAAAUUCUGUGCAUGGGGCCCACAAUCAGUAUUUGAAUAAACUUUCCAGGUGAUUCUGAUGCCUGCUAAAGUUUGAGAGCAAGAGAAAGAGACAGUGAAGGGCACUUUAGUCAUAAAUGGAACCCAGAGCUUAAGGGAUGGCAAGACUGGUCUAUUGGAGAGGAGGCUGGAGAGGUUGGCAGGGUCCAAAUAAUGAAAAUACCAGGUAAGGAGCUUGAACUUCAUUUGGGUGGCCAUGGGGAACCAACUACAGAAGGGUUUUAAGGAAGAGUUCAACCUGGUUGCCUCUUUUUCAUCCUAAACAUAAAAAUGGAAUCAUAAUGUAUGUAUUCUAUGGUUUAUUUUCACUUAGUAUCUCUGAGUUCUUUCCAUCUCAGUACAUUCAGACUUUCCUCAUUCUUUUUUUUAAUAAUUUCUAGAGUAUGAAUUUAAUAAUUUCUGUAUCAGUUACAUUCUAGAGCUUAUUAGAUAAAAGGUUUCUUGGAGGAUGCAACAUGUAUGUUAAGAUCAGGAUUUAUUUAAAAGAAGAAGGUAAUUCCUGGGUAGGGUAAGAGUAUGGUUUACAGAGUUCGUAAAGGCUGUUGGUAAGACUCAAAGAGAUAAAGUGAUUUGCCAACAAACAUAGAAAGUAGGAACUUGAACAUAGUUUAUCUUAACUUUGAAUCCCAUUUUUUCUUUCCUGUUGCUUAUGCUUAAACCAAAUUGAAAAUAAAAUACUGUGGUUCAUUGAGUAUCUG